GGAGGAGGAGCCGCCUCCGCCGCCGGGGUGGGGCUCGCCUUGGAGGGUUGCCACGCCCGCGGUGCGCUGGAGGGCCGCCUGCGGAGUAUGGCCGGCAGGGGUGCGGGCAGCGGCCCGCAGGGACCCGCCGUGGCGCAGCCGCCCGCCGGCGGUCACCUGUACCCCGUGGUGAGCGCCGAGAGCGAGGGCCCGGAGGAAGAGGGUGAGGUGUCGGAGCUGCGGCCGCGGGGCAGGGAGAAGGUCCGGCGGAGCACGUCCAGGGACAGGCUGGAUGACAUCGUGCUGCUGACGAGGGACAUCCGGGAAGGGGACACGCUGAACGCGAUCGCGCUGCAGUUUUGCUGCUCGGUUGCAGAUAUCAAGAGAGUUAACAAUCUUAUCAACGAUCAAGAUUUCUUUGCCCUGAGGUCUGUCAAAAUUCCAGUGAAAAAGUUUAGUGUAUUGACUGAAACGCAUGUCUCCCCAAAAGGAAGACAAGUCCUUCGGCCUGCUCUCUAUUCCCCAGAAGUGCAGGAAACGUCACUUUCUGAUAAAUUCUCUGCUAAUGAGACUGCUGGCAACUUCUUAAAAGAAGUGGAUCGAGAUAUAGAAGAAAUAGUGAAGUGUAAUGAUACAAAGAAAGAGAAUCUUAAUGAAGUUGUUUCUGCUUUAGCAGCCCAACAGGUUUGUUUUGAAACUGAUGGUAAAACUAAAAAAAGCAAGGAUCCUUACUACGGAGCAGACUGGGGUAUAGGAUGGUGGACAGCGGUAGUGAUUAUGUUGAUCAUUGGCAUAGUAACUCCAGUUUUUUAUCUCCUGUAUUACGAAGUUCUGGUGAAAGCAGAUGUCAGUCACCAUUCUACAAUGGAAUCUUCCCAUUUGUUUGUCACAGCAGUAUCGCAUCAGAAACAAAUAGAAAAUGGAAUAAAUCCAGCGAAUGUUAUCAAUGUUGAUAAUCAAGGAGACUUUCAGCAUUAACAACAGAGUACCACAUGUAACUUAUUGGUAGACACAUAACAUAGUGUUAGGCAAAGGGGAAACCACAGAAUGCAAAAUGUACGUGGAAUGCAGAGGAAACGAGUACUGAUGUAUGACUUGCCCUCAUGGGUAGUGUUCCACCACAGGGAUAUUUCUGGGGAUCAUGUAAUCUCUGAAUAUGCCUGAGACAGGCAGUUUGCAAGAUUGGGAUACAAAUUAAGCUAUAAAAUCGUCUCUGAAGCUUUGCACUUUUUUCUAUUUUGAUAGACAUAUGUUUUUUAAUUAAUGAUGAGGUGAAAAAAUGUAGUUUGAACUAACACACAAGGAGUCUCACUGUGCAUUUUACAGCCCAGAAAUGGGCAUAUGGGGAUAUCUUAACUUUUAAACAUGUGAAAAUAUUUACAGAAUUCAUAGUACUCUUCACUUUUUAAUAUCAGGUUUACAGUUGUCAAUUAAAAUGCUGUUCUCAUAUUUUUCUCUUUCUUAUAGAGUAAGAUUUUUUUUUUUAGAACCCAAUCAUUCCAUAAUUAAUUGCCACUAUGAAGUUCCUUUUUUACAAGUGACUUCUACAGAGGCAGUAGCAAAUACUUAAGCCAGAAUCUUUAAUUCUUGUGCCUGUGGUCAACCCCUUCUACAGUACUUUUCAAUGUAGGCAGCAGGAUAAUUUGUUUUCUCUGUGUGUGACACUAUGCUUCAACACAGUCCAGUUGAGAGAGUCGUCCUGAAACUUCACAUUCUUCUGUGAUAUGCUGCUGAAAACUGACUGGACUGCAUUCUCAUCUGGUCAGCUGUGUGUAGGAAUGAAAGAAGUGCAGAAGUGUGGCACCUUGCUGUAACAUGAAUUUUUUUUCCCCCCUUCAGCCAAUCUCAAUUCAGGACCAUAUGCUAAUGGUCUUGUGCCCAUGAACCUCAAACACUUUUUCCUGAAAUCUCCUAGAAAACUUCAAAUGAGAUUUAAUGCCUGAUAGCAAAUUGCAGCAAAACAGACAAGUUGCAGCUUCAGACUUUUUCUUUACAUAGUAGUGUAUUUUAUCUGUUCUUGAAUGUUUCACAUGGAGUUUCAUGAUCAACCUUGGUUUUCCCCUCUUCUUCUCCCCCCCCCAACCAAACCAACAACAAUCAAAACAAAACAAAAAACAACAACUCUGGACUUCAUACAGAAAGAAGGAGUUACUUGUGUACUCAGAAUACUUUUAAAUAAAAACUGAGAUGGUGCCUAUAAUUUUUUUUGUUGUGUUUACCUUGUGGAGCAAAACUCCAUUGCCCUGCUCAAAAUACUAUUCAUUACUAAAACCCAAGAUUAACUAACUUGAUUAUAACUUAUAAAGAGAGAAGUGGAAAAAUAAUCAGUAUCCUUUAAACAACUAUUGUAAGCUUUCCAUUGAGUGUCUUGACUAAGUAUAUAGGUACAUAUAUAUAGUAUAAAAAAAUCUGGUAAAGUAAAUGUUUCCUUACUAUUGAGUUAUUUCAAAGUGCUUUAUCAGGUUCUGAGAGUAAAGACUUAGGCCCCAUCUAUUCUUGGUGCAAAUAGUCUUUACUGGCAUGCCAAUUGUAUGAACAUGAAUUGGCUAACUUGUAUUAUAUUGAAAUUGAAGGCAGGCCAAAGCUUGAGGGAAAAUGGUAUACAGUUAGGUAUGUGAACCUGUGGCUCUUGAACCCUUUGUUCAGAGGGGCAGCUGUGGAGAUAGUGAGCCUACUCAUGGUCUCUGCACUAGAAAAGAGAUUACAAACAGGCAUGAACUUAAUGGUUCACAUAACCCUUGUUUUCAAAGAUCUUUUACAGUAAUAGUUCAUUUCACGAAGACAAUAUGCCAAUAACACAAAUAUAAAUACUGAGGUACCAGUUCUAGGUAAUGCUAUAUGAAAAACUGCAUUGCAAAAUACUUCUUGGUGGCUAAAGUGAUACAGCUUCUAGGGUUAAAACUUUAAAAGGACUUACUCUAGUCCAGACAAGAGAGCUUUGGCACAUGAAGACAGAUGUUUACUGUAAGGUAUGAAACUUGGUAUAUAAUGUGUCAGCUUUUUUGCUGCAAGCUUAUUUACUAGUUUUGCUCCUUCCCCCAUCAUUCUGUUCCUGAAAUCUCAACAGUUCUAAUACUUUAUCCUUCCAUUUCUUACAGAUUCGUCAAAGCACGUUAAGUUAGCUAUUGUGAUGAUGCAGCAUAAGCCUCAUUUACUGCACAUACCUGAACUGAUGGGUAUUAAAUUGCCAUUGGUGUAGAAGUGAAAUUAACUUUGGCUGUGGUCUGACUAGGUCAGGAAGGUCUCUGUCUGUUGAUGUAAGGAUACAGAGGUCUGUGGUUAACUGAUGCUUUUUGUUAUAUGGUGGCACAGAUGAAGAGAUCUUUGUCCCAGGCUUUGGGCCUUUACAGUGUUGGAAUACCUGUGGCUUACUGUCCCCUUGAUUUACCUUAGGAUAAGUAGUCCUUGGAAAAACAUAAAGGGACAGCUCUUUAACUGGACUGUAUUACAUUCUAAUCAAGAGCCUGGAAUGUUUUUACAAAUGUAUAACGUAGCUUAUUUCAUGCAGCACUUUUUAUCAAAAGAUGCAGUAGGUCUUUUUCCAAGAUUGUAGGACUCCUGGUCCCGGUAAACUACAAAGAUCAGCUGACAUGGCUUUCUCCAGGAUGCAGGGAUCUUUACUUUUUUUUUCCAAAGUUCAACACAACUGGAAAUGCAUCAUCACAUCAGCUCUGGAUAAACAGGGUAACUGCUCUUUAAGAAACUUAAAUCUGACUUAAGUUAAAAUCUGUAAAGUUAGUCUUCCAGAAACUGACUUCUUAAAAAUAAAAACAACAACAAAACACAAAAUAACUGAGUUGUAAAUCACCUUUUGGAUCAAUUGCAACAUAUUGAUCAGGAAGUUGGUUUUAACUUAAGUGCGUAUUGCACUGUUGGAUCAUAUAAAAUUGAAAUGUUUUAAAUCUGCUAUUCUUUGGAAUAUAUUGUCACAAAUAGUCUUUGUAUAACUUUUAUAAAGCCUGAAAAUACAACUUUGUAAAACACUUCUGGGUGACGAUGCAAGUCUUAUUUUAAAUACUUCUGCUCUUCUGCUUUUAGAAGAACAUAAGUAAUACAUGUAAAAUAAAGGUUUUAUUUUAGACAGCGGUGAAAGUGGUGCAUAUAAUAUAUUCUUAGCUGUACAUACUGUGCAUGUUUUAUUACAGGAGGCCCCUACUUGUAUUUGUUUUGGCCAGUUUUUAUGUAUGAUCUAAAAUAAAAAUCCUUGGCUAGCAAGCAUUUUGUUGGCAGUAGGUGUAUAUAGCAUUUACAUCUAGCAUACCGUAACUGCAGCCUUAAUGGUUUAUCCUGUUCAUGCCUUGUAAACUUGGAACUUUUCCGCAUAAGUUUCUGAGAACUUGUAAAUUCCCAGAAGUAGAUAUGAAAAAUUAAGGUAGAGAUCAGUGAAAUUCUUAGAUGGUGAUAUGACUACACAUGGAAAGCAAUCUUCUUCUUCUAAUGCUGUAAAUACAGGAUUUGAAUAGAUGCCUGUCAAAAUCUGAAGUCUGCCGACAACUAAAGAACAGUUUCAUUGUCAUUAUGGUCUUGCAAUAAAUUCUAAGCGGUCAGAAAAUCAGCUUCUAAAAAGAGUUGCACCUCUUGAAGAGCACAAUCUCACUGCUCUUUAAAAGUGCCUUAGCACAGAGCUGUGUCCUUGCAGAACUUGGCACGUACCUAAGCAAUGGCCUUAUUUGCCAUUGUUAAACCAGUCGUAGAGGGCCCAGCCUAAGACUUUGCAGUUCCCUCUGGAGGACAGUGACUACAGUUUACCUUUCAAAGGUCUCAAAAAGACCUGAUUUUUGCUAGAGUAGUAUUUCUCAACAGUGCAGCAGGGAGGCAGUUGUCUCAUCGACAUGAUGGGUGGAGGAAGUCAUUGGUCCUCAAGCACUACUGUCUGCUAUCAGGAUACAGGAAGGAGUCUCACUGUUCACCCUGCAUGGGGCAAACAGCCAGCAGCAGCAGUUACAGUUAUGGCAAGUGAAUUUAGUUUUCAGCAUGCUUACCUCAUUCACAUCUUCUAUCUCUGUUUUGUAUAUCACACACAAGAAGCAGGCACACCUAACUGCUGACAUGUGUGAUGUUAAAAAAAAACUGAAAGAAUGUAUUUCCUAUGCAAUGCAGUAGAAUCUUUAUUAAACAUUUGUAGUCAAUAAACACUUCAAAAUAAAAGUGGUAUACCUCUGAGGUGUGACCUGCAUAGCAUUUAAGUUUAAUUUCCUUUACAUAUGAUACGUAUUUUAUCAGAACAUUUAAAAGCUACACAUUAAGGACUAAAUUCUUACUGCAUAUAGAAGUGCACAGAAUAAUGCAGAACUGUUUCCCAGUCAAGUGAGGUGAAGUACUCCUUGACAGAAUGCCAGACAUGCAAGGAAAACUACUGUAGUUUCCUUUGCUGAUAAAAAGAAUUGGUUUUGUUUAAAACUUUUCAUUAGAGCCAGUAACAGCACUAGUUAACAGGAACAUGUUUUAAGAAAGUAAAAAAAAAAAAAAAAAAAUUCCAAAAAAAACCAAACCCAAAAAACUACAACAAUCAAUAGUAAUGUAAUUAUACUGACCAAUAAUAUUUUGUACCAUCAAAAGAUGACACAAAGAAUGCACUGUUACUGUAUUAUUCAAACUCAGUAAUAAAUUUUCAAAACUUCAACUUUUGUUCUUAAAUAAAACUGAUGUUUCCAAACAUUCUGGUUUUGCUAUUCUUAGCAUUCUCCCCUUGCUUUUCUAAUUAAAACCUCAUGCAUUAAAAUACUGCACCACAUUCUUUUCUUACAUUUUUGGGUUUUAUUUUCUAUUGAUUUGCUCUCUGUUUCUGUCUUGUUUGUUCUGUAGGAAGUAAAGAAAUGCAUUAACAAUUACAUAGAUACAUAUCAUCUGCCUUCUCACUUAACAGCUCUGUGAGGUAAGAAAGACUGUAACAGGCAGAGAAACUGAGGCAAAGGACUGAAAUUUUCACUAACUGGUGAAACCAGGAUUUUGUAAUUUCCUAACCUCUGCCAUAUAUUCUUUUUAAAUCAAAUUGUCCUUAAUUAUGACUUAAGGUGAUUCAUAAAGGUAAUGUAAUACAUUUUACCAAAAUACUAAAGGCAAUGUAUUCUUCUAACUACAAUAAUGGCUUUUCAAAUUACUGUCAUAUUGUUUGUCUAUAUUUCUAAGGUUUUUUCAAGUCAGUUUAUAUUAAAGUGCUUAGUCAUCAAUUAUUUCUAGUCACCUGAACUCAGAAGUUACAUAAGCUUCUUCACAGAAGUCAGCUGCCAAAUGCAAGCAGUUUAUGUCCAUAAAGGCCAUAUCUCUUUUGCUGCAGUCAUCAAGAAUUUCAUGACUGGUUUCAAGAUUUCACUGCUGAGGCACAGAACUGACUAGUGCAAAUGCUUAGGCACAAUUUCAAGUAAAAUGCAUACAUUCUUUUUCUGUGCAGAGGUGACACAAUGGCAUAUAGCUUACUCCAUCAGGAGGCAUUCCAGAAGACCUUAAAAAGGCGCAUAUCUGCAAAACACUUGGCAAAAGAACAAAACAAAGGAUCUCAUAUCCUCUUUUACAGCAUAAUACAACUAAACUCCAAUGUGGUUUUGGAGAGUCUGCUUAAAACCAAUGGAGCUAAAGCAUUAGGUCUGUUGAUAUUCAGCCUACCUCCAGAAUUCUACUUCAAGUAGUGUAAGGCUUGAGCAGUGUAGCACCUAGCAACCACAGUUAGUAUGUUGCUUCAUCCAUAUUGUCAUCACUGUCAGCACCAAAGUCAUCUCCAUCGUCAAAAUAGGAGGAAAUGUAGUCAUUUUCCUAAACCAAUUGAAGAAAAAAAUCUAUCAUUUUAUCUGUGGAGAAGAUAAUUUAUAAAAGAAACAUCCUUUAAACUGCACUUGAGUGCCCACCUUUUAAAACAGUAGUAGAUUUUAUUUUCUUGGCAAAGAAAAAGGAAAAUACUGCAAUGAAGUUCUGAUACCUAUGAAAGAAAAGGCAUCACUGUUUUAGUGAUGAAAAAGAGUAAUUGUAUGUAUUGAUUGUGGCAGGACACAGCUCUUUUCUCAGAGCUCUUUGUGAAUAAUAAGUCUAAAACCCCAUUUAAAUGAACUACAACAAAAUACAGUGCAACAAAGAUCAUUAAUGUAAUAAUGCCUCCUACAACAACUCUCCCUUGGCAUCUGAGAAGCUAGGGACAUUUCUUAAGCUUCCAGCCAACACAGUACUCAAUGUAUAAAGAGGAAAACUAACAUUAUACCUCUUCGUGUUCCUCUUCAUCAUACUCAUCUGGUUCUUCUGCUUCUUCAUCAUCUUCACCUUCUUUGUCUUUUGUUUUGUCUUUCUCAUCUUCAGAUUUUUCUUCUUCAUCAUCCUUCUUUUCCAACUCCUGUCACAAGGCAAUCGGCUUUACAAGGUAAUCCCAUAUUACAGCGACAGCAAUUCAUAAUACCAAAAUAUUAAGCUGCAGUUAACAGCAAGAUAGCAUAACAAUGCUGUGAAAAUGCUGACAUUUAAACCAAUAUGAUGUGAAGCACAGGAACUUCAUACAGACUUGGUCAAGCAUCAGCCAUCGCACUUAAAGGCUAAAAAAGCAUGGCUUGUGUUACAGACUGAGAUGAUGAUUUCCCUUUACCAUCCACUGAGAGCACAGUUGACAGGAGAAGGCCAUGUCAUUAAUUGAUAAAGCAAUACCAUAUAAUCUAUGUAAUAAUAUAACUGCACCAAACAACUGAUGGAUCACUACAAGAAAAAAUACAAAGGUGGUCCACCUUUAAGCUUCCCAUUCCCACAUGGCGAGUAAUUGCCUGCAAAACAGAGGUCACUUCCUAAGUUUCUCUUUCUGUAUUUCUUCCCUCUCAACUUACUAAAUUGUUUAAGUUCUCACAUCAGUAGAAUGGUGAAACAGCAAUAGAUUUAAAAGCUCUGGCACCAGUUUCUCCUUCAGUAAGCUCCAACAGUAGCUCUGCUGUUCACAUUAGUCUGUAUUGCUACCCAGUGAAGAGCAACUGGUUGUUGUGUUCAGGUACAAACAGGAGCUAUCCAGGCUCUAUCCUUACUCUAACUCUUGUGCCACCACAGUGCAGAAUAGCUGUCUGCCAGAGUAACAUGACAAGGCCAGAAUAAAGGCUGUUCUGGUUAUUUCAUUUGUACCAAAAAACAUACUAGGUCUCAUUUCCUUCAGCAAUCUCUAGUGUACAAUUUAGAAAGAGUAUGCACAUCUUACCUCAAUUUUUUUUAUCACAUCCAGAUUACUUUUAGGCUCGAAGUUUUUUGCCUUUUUUGGUUUUGCACCUGGUGAAAUAAAAUACAUCACUAUUAUUUUUUUAAUAUGGAAAACACAAAUUCUUUUGUUUUACUUGGUUUGACAUGCUUACAUCUUGAGUAUGCCAGGGAAAUCCUAUACUGGCUGUAUAAUUACUUUAGACUUUGAGCUACAUCAUUCAUAGAAGUGUAAGUGCCUGGUUUAUGUAAGACAUGCCUAGAAGGCCAAUCUGAAAUUCAGUUUGAACAAGUAGUUGACCAAAGGUUUGGCUAAAGUAUGAUGUCCAGCUUCACAAAAGACUUGUCAACUACCUGCUCACAAUAUGUUAUGAAACUAGAACAAAAUCUCACUUGUUAUUUUUCAUCAUCUUGAAAAGAUAGAAAUUCAUUGUUACUAAUUUACACAACACAGUAAUGACAGCUGGGUGCUUCAGAUAAGUAGAUUUAAGAAAAGGAACACAACAGUUCAUUAGCUGUAACACAGAAGGCAUGGUUACUGUAGCUACAUGACUCUUGGGCCAUAGCUGGCUCUCAUCUAAUGAGUCCACAGAAUGUAUUUGCACCUAGCCCCCUGAUUCAUUAACACAAUCUUUACCAGGUUACUCCCUGAUUAAUUAUAUGGUGGAGCAAAGGUCAAAAAUAGCAUUCCAUACACCCAGGUAAGAGCUACCUGAAUUGCAGCACCCUGUAUCAAAGUUGCCCAAAUACCAGCCUAAUACUCAAGGAAGCAGAACCCUGAGAACUGCUGAGCAAACAACUGUAUUUUGUCAAAAGCAUUUGCCGUAUGUAACACUGAGUUUAUUUCAGUGUUUUGCCUAGGAAACAAUUAUGUGACUAAAGCACUGCAAAGAGCUGACGGGAGUCAAUCUGCUCUGUAAAAUAUGAACAACAUCAAAGCAAACACAUCCAGAAUGAAGUAGGCUUUUAAGGAAAACAAGUGUAAAGUGCAAUUCAGAAUUAUCAUCUCUGCACAAAGUCCUGCAGGCUUUUAGAUUAAAUGCAGAUAGAACAGACAUGUAAGAUUUGUCUUUAAAUGCCAAGCAUCUUUAGCCCUUAUCAUGAAAUUAGAGAUACUGACCAAUCUUUAGUAGAACUUCAAGCGAAAUAGUUCUCUACAUCAUAUACCUUAGAGGGGCAAGGGAAUACAAUCUAAUCUGAUUUCCAAAUACCCACUCUCGAAGUACUUGGGCUAAAAUGCAUGUACCUGAUUGCUAUAUACAUAUGCAUAUGGCUGGCCUACAAUGUCAGCUGAACCCAGUCAGCACCUUAUUUUUUUUCUUUUUCCUUUUGUUUAUUUUUUUGUUUUGUUUUUGGCAGGCAGUGCUGGUAUCUAGAAUACUGUGUUCCGUAGCCCAGGGUCAGUGUGGGAGAGAUAUGGAAUUCUAUCCAAAGUUUUGUCACUAAGAAGGCAGGUGGUCAGAUCUUUGGUUAAAACAUUCAGGGAAACUAGAAAGAGGAAGGGAGAGACGUGUAAAAAUAAAGCUGUCCCUGUACAUGCAACUGUGUAGGGAUCCCCAGACCACUCCUGCAUGCUACAAUGGGGAAUGGUAGGAAGCCUGGCUGAAUUUCUGUGCAAAUUCUCUUGACUCACUCACCUUUGUUCAACAAGGGUUAAAGUGUCACCUAAGUCAGCCAUCCUCAAAAUACAAGCAAGAUAUGUACCAGGAGGGCUGAUGUGUCACUGACACAAAUGUCCUGAGUCAUAUAACUUUUGUAUGCCCUCUGUAUCAUCAGAAUUCCCCCAAAAAACUAAACCACAUAGUUUUUGCUUUUGAGGGAAGCUGGUUUUUAAUCCAAUCAAAUUCUGAUGACCUUGAUCUCUUCGCCAUUAUAGCCAUGUAGGAAAAUGUAUUUUUAAGAGCCAAUAGAGAAACUGGCACUAAAGAAAGAGGAAAGAUCCCACAGUGAGCAGUGAUUUUCUCUUAAUCAUAAUAUUUUUUAAACAAGGAUUAAUAGUUAUUUAUUAUUUCAUUGAUCUUGGGGAGCUACCUAUUGUGCAUGGGCUUACAAAAGCCAGUGGUUUCCUCCUGUCGGGGGAAAAAAAGUAGGUAUAUUCUGGUCCCACCUUUAGAGAUUUUGCAAAUAAGUAUUUGAUUUUCAGUUGAAUCUUACAGUUUACCAUUAGUACCAUGCUUCUCAAUGACAUUAUUAAAAGGAACAAAGCUUCCAGCUGAGCCAGUCUUUGUCACUACUGCACAUUUCCAUUUCUUUUUCUAUUUUACCCUUGAACUGAAAAAUGCCACAUGAGGGACUUGGACAAAAAGAAUAUAAAAAUAUACAAUUAUAUAUAAAUAGACAGCUAGAUACAGGAGGCCAAGUGUUAUUUCACAUCAUCAGAACAACAGCUUUCUAUAGGGAACUUAAAAAAAAUCAUGCACACUAGAAAAUACUUUGAAACAAAUGAUGCUGUGUAAAAAAAUCUUUUUUCCUAAAAGAACAGCCAAUACCAGCUCCAACUGCUGUUGAAGGAUCUGGUUCACAAUUCUGCAGAAGAAAGCUGAAAACAGACAAAAAAAGUAAAACCAGGGAAAACAAAAAACAACUGACAUGAAACCACAUAUAAAAGGCUUAAAAAAUGCAAAACUCAACCAAAUAAUAAAUAAUUGAGAAACCCAAAAUAUAAAGGAAAUCUGAACAGCCAGUUACUUAUUGAAUAGAAGGGUGAGUGUUGAUUAAGAUACGAGCUUUCAAAAAAAAAAGGCUUGUGGUUUGUUUUUUUUUUUAAUUUUUCACUGUUACAUGUAUAGUGAAAUACAUCCAUACAGGAGUCAGGAAAGGAAGAUAAAUCUGUACAAAUAAGUUAAAACAUCCUAUAAAAACAAAGCAAAAACCACAAAAGGCAGGCAGAGUAGUAAAUUAUUUAGAAAAAAAUCUGCCAAAAGACCUGAUUAUUUGGACUAAUUAACAUUUCUACAAUAUUUUUUCCUCUAACCAGCUCCAGUAUGUCUCCUGUCUCUCAACUAGUGAGUAUUAUUUGCUUCUUAAAAUAUAUAAUGUACCUUUUUUGGUUGUCUUCUUUGGUUUCAUCUCUCUUGGGAGUCUUCUCCAAUCUGUACAGAAAAUAGUUCUAAUAUAGAAAAAUGAUGAUUUACUGCAGUAAUCCUCUCCCUAUAACUCACCAAGGAAAGGAACAGGCCCCUGUUGUUCUUGAUCCUAUUUACAUGGAUGCCGAAAUGUCUUAGCAUACAACAGUUUUAGGGAAUUCUAGCUGUAAUUUAAAUUGAGGAACUGGACUCAGGACUCCCCCACAUAAUGACAACUGGCCUCUAUCCCAAAGAGACAAGUUCAGCCAUUCCAGUGGCCCAUGGGCCCUUCAAUUUAAAUUAUGUAAUUAAGUUUGCAGUAGUGAGCUAUGACUACCCAUGACAGACAUCAGGUUGGGUUACUUUUAGUAACAUCAGUGUUUGCUCCCAGUUCAAAACUGGUAUCUGUGUGGUGAGUCAGGAAAAAGAAAAGCUGAAGUCAGAGCUGAAGCUUGCAUUUUUGCUGCAAAUCAGUUGUUACAACUCAGUAAAUAAAUAAGAUCAGAUUUUCCCCCCUUUUUUUUCUGACAAAACAAUACUUGCCUUGAUCUGAAAAGAUGCAAAGGACAAUAACUGUCAACAAGAAACGCAUGACUUGGUAAGGAUUUUCAUACUUUUUUAUUGCUUGAAAAAUCAUGAAUCAAACACUUAAAAGAGCAGAACAUUUCACAGGUCAACAGAAAAUUAGCCUCAGAUGCUACCUGGAAUCCAUGUUGUCUGCUCCUUUUCACUGUCCUGGUACUUUUGACUGUACCUCUCAAUUGCUAUAGAGAAGGAUACAAAGAGUUAUUGACUUCAACUGAUUUAACAGGCAAUCCAGACAUAGUCCUUGAUAUUUUCCUGUAACUAAACAUACAGUGUAUUUUUUUAUUCCCACAUUAAACACUUUCUUGUUGUCAAGAACAUAAAAAAA